GUCAUGAUAAAGCAUGGAAUGAUUAUUUGUUUUGUUGCACUUCUUUCUAUUUAUUCAUAACAAGGUUGGAUUGCAAAUUUGCAAUCGUGUAAGAGAGAGUCUCUCUCAAAAAUGGCUUCGAAAACUUCCUCUGCUGCUGAGCCUGAAACUGUGUGUUCCUCGCCAUCACUGAAAAUUUCGAAGGAGAUUAACUUUCGACGUGCUUCUGAGACCUUGGAUUUCUUUAGAGUUAUGGGGGCCAACAUUAUAGAUCCAGAGAAUACUAAUACGCAUGGCUUCUACAAUGGCUUCCUUCGGAGUUUCAUCAAAGUAGAUCAUAUACAGCGGGGACGAUUAGCUUGCACUGUUGUCGCCAAAGCCCCUAUCUGUAAUGGCUUUGGAACACUGCAUGGUGGGGCUGUUGGGUCCUUUGUUGAGGUCCUUUCUACUGCUUGUGCUAGAACGGUAGUUGCUGAGGACAAGGAGCUUUUUCUUGGGGAAAUUAGCAUUUCUUACCUCUCUGCCACUCCAAUAAAUGAAGAAGUGCUAGCUAAUGCCUCUGUGGUGAAGACUGGAAGAAAUUUAACUGUAGUUGCACUUGAGUUUAAACUGAAGAAAACUGGAAAUUUUCUCUAUAUUACUCAUGCUACCUUUUAUAACAUGCCUGUUGCCAGUUUAUGAACAUUUAGCUUUCUGGUGGAUGUUGUUCUGCAGUUCCAUUUAAAGUUUGUAAUAACAAAAUUCUUCCAAUUAAUUAGACCUGUUAAUAUCAUAAUAGAUGUAAGAUGCUCUAAUGGAAGGUCUACCCGUAGGAAUAUAUCUCCACAACAAUAAAAGAGAGGUUAUGAGACUUAUGGCAACAGUUGUGACUUUUGUGAGUGUUUGGCUGUAAUUUUUUCUCAAAUUUAGGGGCUAGUCCCUUGGCAAGAGAGUGCUCUUGUAUUCUUUGCUUAUUUAACAAAAAAAAU